GCGGAAGCAGGUUCAUCGAGUAUGCGUGUUUUUCCCAGGGUUCUCCGCGCUGCUGUCAUGGCCGCCUCCUUGUUCCGCUAUCUGCACAUGGUGGUCUAGGCUUUGUGUUUACACGACCUGUCGCCACUAGUCGUCGGCGUCUUGGUCGCUUUUACUUGUACUUUCUUCUUUUUGACUCCUGUGUGACUCUCGUAGGAAUCUUUUGGCUGCAGCUAUGUCCGGGGUGAUGUGGACCCCGGAGCUGGCAGUGCUGAGGGGCUUCCCUACUCAGGCUGAGCGGCAGCAGUGGAAGCAGGAGGGAGUCGCCAGUUUGGAGAGUGGAUCUUUCCUACAGUUGUUGCUAGAAGGGAACUACAAAGCCAUAUUGUUAAAUUCAUUGACUCAAAGUAUUUUAAAUUCAGCAACAAUAACUGAAGAAAAGAUUGACAGCUACCUAGAGAAGCAGAUAGUAACAUUCCUGGAUGACUCAGCAGAAUUGGACAACAUCAGAAGACAACAGAAGAUAUUCCUACUUGGUGUGAGCAGUUUGCAACUUUUUGUUCAGAGUAACUGGACGGGCCCUCUUGUUGAUUUACACCCUCAGGAUUUUUUGCCAUCUGUUUUGUUUCAGCAGUUCAGUGAGAUCAAAGGACUGGAUGCAUUUGUUCUGAGUCUGCUUGUUCUAGAUGGUGAAUCAAUCUACAGCCUGACCAUGAAGCCUAUCCUGCUGUUAUUAGCAAGAAUUAUCUUAGUGAAUAUAAGACAUAAACUGACAGCUAUUCAGAGCUUGCCAUGGUGGACGUUGAGAUGUGUGAAUAUUCACCAGCAGCUGCUUGAGGAGCGCUCACCUCAGCUUUUUGCUCUUGCUGAAGACUGCAUUGAUCAAGUGAUGAAGCUAGAGGAUCUAUUUGUGGAUGAUUCAGGUCGAUAUUUGGCUGUUCAAUUCCAUCUGGAAUGUGCAUAUAUAUUUUUAUAUUAUUAUGAAUAUAAAAAAGCAAAAGAUCAGUUCAGUAUUGCUAAAGACAUCUGCAGAUUACAAAUUGAUUUGACAGGUGCUUUAGGAAAAAGGACACGGUUCCAGGAAAAUUAUGUUGCACAACUUAUUCUAGAUGUAAGAAGGGAAGGAACUGUCUUUUCAAAUUGUGAAUUCACUCCAGCACCCACUCCUCAGGAAUAUUUAACCAAGAAUCUUGAGCUCAAUGAUGAUACCGUUCUAAAUGAGAUAAAGUUAGCAGAUUGUGAACAGUUUCAGAUGCCUGAUCUAUGUGCUGAAGAGCUUGCUGUUAUCCUUGGAAUCUGCACAAAUUUACAAAAGAAUAACCCAGUGCAUAAGUUAACUGAAGAGGAACUGCUGGCAUUUACAUCAUGUUUACUUUCACAACCCAAGUUCUGGGCCAUUCAGACAUCAGCUUUGAUCCUCCGAACAAAACUUGAGAGAGGAAGCACACGCCGAGUGGAACGAGCAAUGAGGCAGACACAGGCUCUUGCAGACCAAUUUGAAGAUAAGACUACGUCUGUAUUGGAACGUCUGAAGAUUUUCUAUUGCUGUCAAGUGCCACCUCAUUGGGCCGUUCAGCGCCAACUUGCAGGUUUACUCUUUGAGUUGGGAUGUACCAAUUCAGCCCUUCAGAUAUUUGAGAAGCUAGAAAUGUGGGAAGAUGUUGUCAUUUGCUAUGAAAGAGCUGGGCAGCAUGGGAAGGCAGAAGAAAUCCUGAGGCAAGAGCUGGAGAAAAAGGAAACGCCAAGUCUAUACUGCUUGCUCGGAGAUGUCCUUCGAGACCACUCUUACUAUGACCAGGCCUGGGAGUUGUCUCGACACCGCAGUGCUCGAGCCCAGCGCUCCAAAGGCCUCCUCCACCUGCGAAGCAGGGAGUUCAAAGAAUGCGUGGAGUGCUUCGAACGCUCGGUGAAGAUUAAUCCCAUGCAGCUCGGAGUGUGGUUUUCUCUGGGCUGUGCCUAUCUGGCCUUGGAAGACUACGGAGGUUCAGCGAGGGCAUUUCAGCGGUGUGUGACUCUGGAACCCGACAAUGCUGAAGCUUGGAACAAUUUAUCAACUUCUUAUAUCCGCUUAAAACAAAAAGUAAAAGCUUUUAGAACAUUACAAGAAGCCCUCAAGUGCAACUAUGAACAUUGGCAGAUCUGGGAAAACUACAUUCUCACUAGCACUGAUGUUGGAGAAUUUUCUGAAGCCAUUAAAGCUUAUCAUCGGCUCUUGGACUUACGAGACAAAUACAAAGAUACUCAGGUCCUUAAAAUCCUGGUCAGGGCAGUGAUGGAUGGGAUGGCCGAUCGUAGUGGCGAUGUUGCAACUGGCCUCAGAGGAAAGCUGCAGGAGUUAUUUGGCAGAGUGACUUCAAGAGUGACGAAUGAUGGAGAAAUCUGGAGGCUGUAUGCCCAAGUGUAUGGAAACGGGCAGAGUGACAAGCCUGACGAAAAUGAAAAGGCGUUCCAGUAUCUCUCUAAGGCUUACAGGUGUGACACACAGUCCAGUCGUUGGGAGAAAAAUAUUACGUCAUUUAAGGAAGUGGUUCAAAGAGCCUUAGGACUCGCACAUGGCACCUGGGUUGUUGACAUCACUUCUUCCAGAGUGGUGAUACAAGCCCCAGUGGCUAUUAAAUGCAGUAAAAACAAAUCCAGUCCCCAGGAGGCUAUACAAGUGCUGUCUUCAGUUCGACUCAAUUUACGGGGCUUAUUAUCUAAAGCAAAGCAACUUUUUACAGAUGCGGCAAGUGGAGAAAUUGCCAGGGAAUUAACUGAUGAAAUAGCAGCUAUGGACACCUUAGUGACAGAGCUUCAAGACCUAAGCAACCAAUUUCGAAAUCAGUAUUGACCAUCCUGGGAACAGUUUCUGGAAAAGGUGUUUCACUUUCCAGAAUUUCUUUUAUAUCUGUGUAUCUCAAACUCAAGAUACUGAUUUUUUAAAAUAAAUUUUUCUUGUAUGGCUAA